AUGGGGUCCCAAGCAAAGUCGAACAUCCCCCUGACCCAGCCAGGCCGGGAGGGCCAAUCAGAGGAGGAUAUAAAACAUGAUGGAUCAGGUGCAAAAAAGGGAAGUCCAGGAAACGUAGGCACCAGUUUAAUCAGUUUAAAAGGGUAUGAUAUGCCCUCCACCUUGGAAGAGUUGUUGGAAAAAAAAGAAAUCCGAGUUUCCUCAGAACAGAAGACCCCAUUCAACAUAAAUAGGAAUAUCAUUCUGUUUCUGUAUUUUAUGCUGAUUGUAUUAACGAAUCGUUUAUUUUUUGGAUGGCCUAACUUGUCCAAUCUGCUAUUUCGAGAUGAAGCCUAUAUUUGGAAAUGCACGAAAAACGCACAAGGGUCUUACGACAAGCCUAAUGACAAACGGUAUGUGUGUGAAGAUCAAGACAAGGCAGUACAGACAAUUUUCGUUUUUGGAUCUUCUGCCUAUUUUGCUUUUUCCUUUUUUAAUGGGAUUAUCGUGGAUUAUUUAGGAUCCAGGUUCAGUAUGCUUUUAGGUCACGUAUUAAAUUUACUUGGAUGGUUUCUCCUAAUUAUGUCUAAUGAGCAUUUCGAUGCAUAUGUUAUUUCUGGUGUAUUCAUCGCAGCAAGUAUCGACCUGGCAUCCUUCUCAACGUUGAAUGCCUCAGGAUUAUACCCAGGGAAUGAAAACUUAAUUGUUAAUAUUAUUUCUGGUGCGGGAUCUCUCUCUGCGGGAACAAUGACCAUUCUAGACUUAAUAAUCACUGGACUGAACUUGAGCUUUAAAACCUUUAUGCUGUGGUAUAUGUGCAUCAGUGUGUUAUUUUUUUUCAUCCUUACCAUUUUUAUGUUCCCGAGGAGUAGGUACUAUAGACAGUACGAGUUCGACAACUAUUACAGCAGUAGGGACUUGAGCAUGAAGGGGGCAGGAAAUAUGUCCAACCACGUAAAGGAAGAUAGUACCACCAAUCGUAGUGGAAAUGGUGUUGUCGAGUUGGCCAAUGGGUCAGCCAAUUCUGUGACGGAGAAGGAUAUCGAGAUGAACGAGCAAAAGAAGGACAGUAUGAAUAACACCACCAACAAGAGCAUCGUAUCUAGUGGGAAUGAAAAAAAGAGCAUGUUCAAUUGGGCAAGUAUUAAUGACCUAAUCAAGAUAUGUACCUGUGCACACUUUUUAUGUCUCUGGAUUUAUGGACCACUCAAUGCGAUUUACAACACAUUCUACUUUAGUGUAGUGGAGAACAUCCUCUCGAAAGACAAGAAUGACAUUUUGGGUUAUAUUCUCCCCUUUUCCUUUAUCCCUUGUAUUAUCAUGGGGAAUUUAUCAGACAAGUACGGAGUUAUGGUUAUGUUUUCCUACGAACUUUUUUUCGCCCUAUGUAUGUACGUGUUUAGCUAUAGCAAAUCGAACCUAGCGCAGUGGAUCUCCGUCAUUUCGAAUACCAUGUACUCUGCCUGUGCGAAUGGCCAAUUGUGGACCUUUAUAUCCUUUACCUUUAGCUCCAAGUACCACUCCACGCUUAUUGGGUUGCUGAAUUUCGUCUGCGGGAUUGUCUCCUUCGUGCGUCUCCUUCUAUUCGAAUGGGCCAAAUACACCAAGUACGAUUUUACCUACAUCAAUUUGCUGAUCAUUGGGUUCAUCGUUAUUAACAUGGGCAUCACCGUGGCCAUCGUGUUUAUUAGGAGGAUCAAGGGGGAGAAGGUGCACUACGGGGAUGAGGACGCCAAACCCGCCGAGUGA